AUGAAAGAGAUAUCUAAGGAAAUGAGUCCUGAAUUAGAUGAAAAUUGGAUAUUAAACGGAAUAAAUGUAUCUGAAAAAUUUUUCAAGUAUCGAAAAAACUGUAGAGUUGUGCACGAGAGUGAUCCUACUGAUUCCAUAAAUAAUAUAGAUAACAUGCUGGCACUUUCGAGUAUUAUAUUGCUGAGAAAGGACGUUCAGGUGACAACGUUCUUAAAUGAGAUGUUUGCUUCUGCAUUACUGGAGCAGAUGCGUAAGGACAUUUUGGACAGGUGUUUUACCAAGAAGGUAUUCAAAAAGCGUAUAUUUAUGAAAAUUGAAAAGAUUAUGCAUGAAUUUAUUGACAAAAAAAUGGAUGAUUACGUUUUUGGGAGUACUUUAUCUCGGUUGGCAAAAAAUGCAAAGGACAAGUAUCGUCCUAUAAUACGAGCAGUACAAGAAAUUGCACUGUCAUUACCAGAGAGUGAAAUAUUUCCAGUAUCAGAGGGACACCUGGCGGCAUCUUAUGUUCAUCCAAUGAUGUCAUCAUUAUUUAGAUCGCAUAGCCCAGAGACUGUUCCUCACGUAUGCGAUAAGUUGUUUGAUAUGGGCCAAAUAACAAACGGUAGUCGUCCAGAUUACAUCUCAGAUGUUUACUAUGGAGGUGAACGCCAAUACACAAAUGUUGUGGGCGAGACAAAGAUUGAAGGAGCUACAAAAAUAGGAAUAGUGAGAGAUCUCUAUCGAAUGGCCCUGUUUAGUAAGGAAGCCUUGGAUCAAGGAAACUUGAAGGGAGUGAUGGGAUUCCAAGCAAUUGGUAAUAGACAUUUUGUUAAAACAGGGAGAAGCCAUUAA